AUGGCCUACACGACCACAACAACAAUUGCAACUUCUGCGUCCAACGCCUCGAUUUACGGCACCAUCAGACAACCAGCUAGUCGCAACAGGCGCACGCUUCGAAAAUCCUCCAGUGUCGGGACUGGUGUUGCAACAGCCUCGACACCGAAUUUGAACUCUCUGUUUAAUUCUCAUUCGCGUCUUGCCGUGCGACCGGGCCUUGCACGCAAGGGGUCGUUGGCGACGCUCACCCAAUCAUCUCUAGCUUCGAUUCCCGAUGUUAGCGAGUCCUACGGUGUCGAUACCGUCUUGAACGAUUCAGUCAUGCCUCCCCUUACUCCUGGAAGGCUCGUCCCCGAGGACCUGUCCAUCGGCGACACGGUCGAGGUCCCUGGUAACAUGGUCGGUACCAUCCGAUUCAUAGGCGCCGUGCAGGGAAAGCGAGGCGUGUUUGCGGGCGUCGAGCUUAAACCGGAAUUUGCGGCGCGAGGGAAGAAUAGUGGCGAUGUCGAUGGAAUUUCCUACUUCUCAACCUCAACUCCAGGGGCUGGAAUUUUCCUACCAGCGUCCAAAGCCACCCGUCGUGAUGGGCCAAGCUCGAUUCCACUAACCCCGACGGGAAUUUCUGGAGGCCUAAAAAUUGGAACGCAAAAUUCUACCAACUACACGCCGCCUACACCGUCCCUACCUAAGUUUAGCCAAUCCGUCGGACCCGGUCGAGCGGCGAGCCCAUUCGGCAAGAAACCUAGAGCGUCUCUGCCGCGACCCGAAUCGCCCGUUCGACGCCUACAAAUGACACCAGGACCUCGACCUUCCAUUAGUACCAGUCCGAGCAAGGGCAAUAAUACCAAUGCUCGAUAUGUUAGCCCAACGACGCCGAGAUUAGCUCAGAGCGUCCGCGGUACGGCCGGUGAUCCUGCCAAGAAGUUCCCAUUCGGUAGAGGCGAUCCCAAAGCCAGCAUCGGCCCCCGAAGCGCCUCGGCGCUUGGCUUCGAAGACGAUGACGUUACGCCGACGGGCGUAAGCCGAACGAAAACUAACGGAAGCAUGGGGUCGGUCUCAUCCUUCAAUUCAAAGAUACGUCCUCCUUCGAGGGCCAACAAUGAUGAUGAGCUUGAGCGGCUCCGUGCCCAGCUUGAGGAUCGCGACAAGCAAUUGAGGGAGCAAACGGCGACGUUGUCAGAGAUGGAAAGCACCCUCACAGAACUUCAGGGUCUCAUGGACCAACCCGGUGGACCUAGGUUUGGCGGCGGUAUGGAUGACGAUAAGGACGCGGCGCAACUCCGAAUCUUGCUCCGCGAAAAGAAUGACAAGAUUGCCAUGCUUACGUCGGAGUUUGAUUCGCAUCGCGCAGACUUCCGCAGUACCAUCGACGCGCUUGAGAUGGCCAGCACCGAAACCGUUCGGGUAUAUGAGUCUCAGAAGAAGGAGAUGAUACAGGAGAUUCAGGAGCUUACUUCCCGACUCGAGGAUGUGGAGGCCGUGGCGUCUCAGCUUAAGCAACUUGAGGACCUCGUCCAAGAUCUCGAAGAAGGUCUGGAAGAUGCUCGGCGCGGCGAGGCUGAAGCACGUGGAGAAGUCGAAUUUUUGCGAGGAGAGGUAGAGCGGACGAGGGCAGAGCUACGACGCGAAAGGGAAAAAGCAGCGACAACGGCAACUACCAGCAAGUCGUCUCCUAACAUCAAUGGGGUCAAUGAUAAGUCGGCACUGUCCAAGGAGCUUGAACAAAAAGAAGACGAAAUCCGCGGCCUCAAGGCUAUUAUCCAUUCGCUUAGCCGUGACUCAGGGACCACCGAGGCUGGAGAGUCGGCCGAGUCUCGCCGCCUGCGAGAGAAAUUAGAGCGGGAUGUGUCCGAUCUCCGAGCCGUUCUCGAGGAGAAGACGGGUCGGGAGGAAGAGCUUGAACGAGAGCUGGAGAUGCUUCGCCGAUCCAACGGCUUGCAAAACCAGCGCCAGAGCGCUAUGACUGUUGUCAGCGCCCGUCGAUCCUCGCUACGAGACUCGCGAGAUACUGUGGUCCUCGCGCGUAGCCAAGAAACUCGUUCCCCCGAAGCACCUAACGGUCACAAGCGAGGCCGCACGCUUGACACUAUGCCCGAGAGCGACAGCUACUCGACGGCAACGGAGACUAGCACACUCUGGUGCGAGAUUUGCGAGACGGGCGGACACGAUAUCCUGACGUGCACCAAUAUGUUCGGGCCGGAAGGGGCCAAGACGAAUGAUACACCCACGUCGGCGCCCCGAGCCAAUAAUGAUGGUCUCAAGCCACUUUCAGUCAACGCCAGCGAUGACUAUAAACCUGCGCCUCUGUCGCCUGCCAAGCCCAAGGCGACACCAGUUGCGUUCCCGGCGGCUCCCAAGCCCAUGCCCAUGCCCAGCAUCCUGGACUCCGGACCGGUAGCUGGAAAGGAGAGCGGCGUGAUUGACGAGACCAAAUGGUGCGCGAUCUGCGAGCGGGACGGUCAUGACAGCGUCGAUUGUCCGUUCGAGGACGCCUUUUAA